UAACCGUACUCAUAACCCAAUUGGGUUGUUCCACCUCUUCAUUAUUUUCUCUCUUUCCUUCACCUUUUGCCUCAUGGUUACAGUUUUACUCCUCAAGGUUUUAUAGCCUCUAAUGUAACCCUUUCAUUAGCAGUAGUGUUGCUUGUUAAGCAUGUGUUGCCCAUUAUACCUCUGCCCUUUGCUAAAAUGCACCGCGUGCUCACUUCCCCCCACUGAUAAGCUAGAAAGAAACAAAGUGCGCAUGUUAACUCCAAUAUAAAACACUCUCUUCCACCACUUCCAUUCCUGCAUUUCUAGCUACGAGGAAACCGUUUAUCUCUCUAGAGAAAGGAAGGAAAACAAUCAGCGUUCUUGUUUCCAAGAUUGAAGCUCAAAGUGUACAAGUUCAUGAUUUGAGUUUCCAUAAAGCCUUGAACUUUAUAGUUUCUUUUCCAUCCUCGCCACAACCUUCUUUUCUAAGUUGACAUCUUUCUGGCUUCAGUUCACGGCUUCCUCUUUUAUUUUUUGGCUUCAUCCAUGUCUUCAGAUAUAAGCUAAAUUUGAUUCUUCAUUCACCUCUUUGGAAUCUGCAUUCAGCCAUGGAAGCUUGCAAUGCUGGUGUGUGUGUGUUGGGUUUGGUUGAAUCUCUUGUGGCAACAAAUGACAGUGUGAGUCCUUCUAGAAGCUUCUAAAGCAGCAAAGUUAGAAGCUUUGUGGAGUGAGUAGUAAUGGUUAGGGAUCGGCUGCUAUCCGGGACGGUUGGACCGCCAUUAAAACGGCGAGCAAGGCUGCGGAGGAAACAGGCUGGAAGAGGGUCUUAUAGAGGAAGCUAAGGCUAGGGUGGUGUAGUGGGAUUUGGAGAGGUUUUGUUGUUAUUUGUUCUUGGUUUUGGAUUUGUGGUGGUGGUUUUUGUUUUUUGGAGGUGUGAUUAACAACCCCUCUUUCGGGUGUCAAAAAGUUUUGAUUUUUAGAAGGAGGAGAAAAUGGGUAGCAACUUGCACCGACUGCUCAGAAGCUUCUGUUUGGGUACUGAUUGGAAGUAUGCCAUCUUUUGGAAGCUCAAACACCGGGCUCGGAUGAUCCUGACAUGGGAGGAUGCUUACUAUGACAAUCCCAAUAUUUGUGACUCUUCUGGAAAUAAGAGCUGCCAGAAUACAUGGGAGCAGAUUGACAGUGCAGAUUUUUCGCAUGAUCCUCUAGAGUUAGCUGUGGCAAAGAUGUCAUAUCAUGUAUAUUCGUUAGGGGAAGGAAUUGUUGGACAGGUAGCUGUUACAGGAAAACAUCGGUGGAUAUAUGAAGACAAUCAAGUUACAAGCUCUGGCCCAUCUUUAGAGAUUGCUGAUGGAUGGCAAUCUCAAUUUUCUGCUGGAAUUAGGACCAUUGUUGUUAUAGCCGUAGUCCCCAUUGGAGUUGUUCAACUUGGUUCCAUGAAUAAAGUUGCUGAAGAUAUGGGGGUUAUAACCUGUAUCCGAAGUCUCUUUUUGUCUAAUCAAGAUUACACACUCCACCAUGAUCCUAAUCAAGUACAAAAGAGUCUGAAGAAUUCUUCGUCUGUGUUGGAUUCAAAAGCUUCAGAAAGUGUGCCUGCUCACUUGCACAAUACAGAGAAAACCAUGAAGCAUGAAUCACUGGAUAAUUUAAUGCCCUUUCAAGGUCCUGGGAACAAUUAUUCACCUCAUGCUGUGAAUCAGAAGAUGACUGUUGAUGUGGCCAAGCAUGAAGGGCCAGAAUUAUACAGUGAUGGAAAUUUCAUUUUGCUUCAGUCAAUGUCUAAUAUGAUGAAUGUGGAUCAGCAUAAAUUUUUAGGGAUGAGACCUAUAAAUGAGAGAAAUUUUGAAUGGAACAGUAGUGGCUGUGAUGAUACAAGUGUGGAAUCAGGAAAAAAAUUGUCAUCUUUUUUACAUAAUUUGGUUACGGGUAAUAAUGGUGUCAAUGAUUUAGUAUGUCCAUCCAAAAUUGUUGGAUUUGAUUCUGUAUCCUUCUCCUCAGAAUUUCUUGAUACAGCUGUCUGUGAGAGUGACAAGUUUCAUUAUGUAGAUAUCAACCAAAGAGGAGUGUUGAACUGGACCAGACCUUCAGAUGCAUACUCCCGCCAAGAUACUGGGAAGUCAAAGUUUCAGACUGAACCUUGUUCCAAGGAUACCGCAUACACUUUGAAGUUUCCUGCUGGCUAUGAGUUACAUGAAGCACUUGGGCCAAGUUUUCUAAGAGGGAGCAAAUAUUUUGAUUGGGCAGUAAAGGCAUAUCAAGAUGUUAAAGCCGCUGAGAUGUCAGAUGAGCUAAGCUGUAGCCAAUUGACUUCUGAAUCUCAACCAGAGCAUCUCUUAGAGGCUAUGGUGGCUAACAUCUGCCAUAGUAAUAAUAAUGUCAAUAGCGAGUUGUCAUUUUCUACAACAAUGCAGGCUGCAAUAGCCUCAGGAAGUAAUCCUGAGGGUUCAAUCCACACUGUCCACACCAUUAAUUCUGAAAGCUGUUCAAUAGAUCAGCCUCACAUUGGUAUAGAGGAAAAACACUAUAAUUUGGGUUCAUCUGGGAUAUGUGGUAUAAUGUCUCCAAAGGGUUUUUCUUCUACAUGCCCUAGUUCAUGUAGUGAACAAUUUGAGAGGUCUUCUGAACCAACUAAGAACAGCAAGAAGAGGGCUAGGCCUGGUGAAAGUUGUAGGCCUAGACCAAGGGACAGACAACUUAUCCAAGAUCGUAUUAAGGAGUUGAGGGAACUGGUACCAAAUGGAGCAAAGUGCAGUAUUGAUUCGCUUCUGGAGUGCACCAUAAAACACAUGCUCUUUCUCAAGAAUGUAACCAAGCAUGCUGACAAGCUAAAUAAAUUUACGGACACAAAGACUAAGUUGCAGCACAUGGAAAAAGAUAUUAACGGAUCAUCAAGUCAUCAACAAGGUUCAAGUUGGGCAAUGGAAGUCGGAGGCCAUCUGAAAGUUCGUUCAAUAUUAGUGGAGAAUCUUAAUAAGAAUGGCCAGAUGCUUGUUGAGAUGUUGUGUGAGGAGUGUAGCCAUUUUCUUGAGAUAGCAGAAGCCAUCAGAAGCAUGGGUCUGACAAUAUUGAAUGGGGCAACAGAAGCUCAUGGCGAGAAGACAUGUAUAUGUUUUGUGGUUGAGGCAGGGUCAGAAGGCCAAAACAACAGAAAUUUACACAGAUUGGAUAUCUUGUGGCCGCUUGUUCAAUUACUGCAAUCCAAGAGCACUAUGUAUUCAUAAAAUCCAUCUGAUUCUUGGAAACUUACAAAGCUACUUCAUUGACUGUUGUAACUCAAUCUUUGAAAUUAUACUCCAAAUAUUAGGGCCUGUUUAUGUUUUCUUUUUCAAUAAAAGUAGAAAACAUGAAUGUAAACAUGUUUGGUUGAAUUUUAGAAAAAGAAUCUCAUUUUUUUUUCUAAAUUAAUCCAAAAUCAGAAAAUAUAUAAAAUGUUACUCCUGUUUUCUGUGGAAAAUUUUGAAGAUGAAAAGUCUACGGUGAGUGAAAUUACUCCAAUGCAACUAUUCUUCCAAUUACAAUGCUUAAGAUGCUACAUCCAAGCCCUCAUUGCUUCUCUGCAACUGCUAGCAUUAUCAGUAUCCAGGUUUUCAUCUUAUUUUUCUUUUGUUCUCUUUUAUUUUUUCUCUUCAAGUCUUUGCUUUUCAUCUUGUUUCUUUUUUUUUUCCUAUGAAGUAUGUACCUGUGCAGUUGCGCUGUACAAAGAUUUUGUCCAUUUGUGGUCUCCUUUAUGGUUUUUUCUUUUGAAUCUAUUUCAUUCAAGAGCUCUUGCAAUUUCUAUUGUUCUAUCUUGUAUG